UACUUUUGUAAAUUAAAAAGUUUUCCGAAUUUGUGCCUGACGUUUGGCUCAUUAAUUACAUUAUAGAUGACGAGAUGAGGAAAAAACUCACCCAGCAUUUAUCCAUGUCAUCUAAUUCUAAUAUCUUGAAUACUGAAGAUGAAGAAAGCGACAAUGAAAAUAAUGAGCUCACUCAAGAUCUGAUAGAAAUUAACUUAGAUGAAAAAGAUAUCCAGAAACUUGAACUGAUCAACGAUGAUGACAAUGAUGAAAAUAAUGAUAAGCAUAAAGAAAAUGAUAACAUUGAUGAGGGGGAAAUUUGUGAACAGGCUUUUCAAUUUGAAUAUAAUUUAGACAAAAAACCAGAGUUAAGCCAUUGCGCUGGUGCUGCUGCUGAUGAUUUGAGAAGAGAAUCAGUGACAAGUCGAGGAUCAUUCGAGUUUCUGAAAAGUGAAAUUCUUAAUGGAAAAGGAAUACUUGAAGAGCCCAUGCCUGAAGACCGCAUGUCAUUCAGUAGUUUCAGCUCAUUUAGUCACAAUGGCCAGGAUGAACUGAAUGAAGAAGCAAAAGAGAGUUUUGUUUACAAGGAUGAGGAUGGUGAAUGGGUGACUGAUCUGGCCUACAAACAAACCUUCCCUAAUUUUCUGGAGGGCGAUGAUGGCAGAGACACAUUGUCAUUGAUGGCAAGCAUGGCCAAUGAAAUGAAUGACUUUGGAGGUAUAGAUGCUAAUGACUUCAAGUCUGCUGACGAGGGUUUGAAGAUGUUGGAUGAAGACGAAGAGAAGUUUGAUAAGGAUGAUAUCAUCACCACAGAUGACUUGAAGUUGCUGGCAGAAGAGAGUGGCCUGUCACAGGACAGCUGGCUAGUUACCGAUCAAAAUUACGAAAUCUCCUCGUCCGGCUCCAAGUACAUGCGCAUCUCCAUUGGUACGUAUCUAGGAAUGUGCUCAGAAGAUAUGGGUUUUCUAGAGGGCCGACUUGCCUCUAGUCGGCCCAUGUUUGGUAAAAAGCUGGAAAGCCCGCCUGCCAAUCGUCGGCCAAUUGCAUUGUGUCGAAGAAGGAUGACCAAUUAUAAUAAUAAUAAUAAUAAUAAUGAUAAUAACAAUAAUAACGAUAAUAAUAAUAUAAUAAAUAAUAAUAAUAAUCAAAACAGUUGUGAUUCUGAAAUAGAUUCCUCAAUUGUAGAUGAAACAUUGACAGCUUCAGACCUGGCCUCAUCUACCAGACAGCCAUUCACAGUAGCCCUUAAAAUGUUCACCCUGAAAACAAUUCCCGAGGGUUCCUCCCUUCCUUUCCAAUCAUCCUCAUCUGAUGAUGAUGCAACCACCUCCUCCGCAGUCAUCUCCAAAGAACCUGACACGUUGUCAAUGAAACAUCUGCAGUCGUGUAUUGACGCGUCCAGUAGUUCUGCAUCUGCGGAUGUCAGAGAACUACUACAUUCCCGUUACUACUCUGAUCAAAGUUCAUCAGCAAGCAAUCUCGACCAGGCCGCGAGUGAUGAUGCAAAUAAGAGAUUUAGCUUAGGAAUUGGAGAUGGGUCCAUUCCAUCACCCAUCCCUAUUUCUGGACCCCUCAUUAAAGGAGAGUUUCUCAAGACAACUGAGUUGACUAGUUCGCUCUGGGCUAGAAACACAAAUAAGAUGAGUGACAGUGACUCGGGUAAAUUCAGUAAGACUAAGACUAACAGUAGCUUAAGGGUGUCUGAUGCUAAAAAAUCUGAUAGCAGCACAAGGAAAAGUACUUCGGUUAGUAAAAAUAAAAAGGAUGAGAAUAAAGAAAAUAUUGGUAGUAUUACUGUGGAAGUUUAUUCAGCACAAAACACGCAACUAAAUUCAACAGAUAAUUGUAAUUCACGUGGUGCAACUGCAUUGGCAUCAUUAGAAAACAUUACAAAUAGUCUUACUACAUCAAAUGGUUUCGUUGAAAAUAGCAGUACUAACAAUACAAUACCAGUGCUUAAUCUAUCACAAGCUGAAUCAAAAAGUUUACAAUCUGAAAAUAAAAGAAAAAAUGGUACUGGUGAUACAGCAUUCAGCAACGAAACACUUGAAAACAGCAUAGAGAACCUAUCAGGCAUGGAAGGUUGUGUCAAUAAUUCUUUUGUGACUCACUUUUGUGAGGAAAUCAGCAAAUUACAAAAUGCUGAAAAGCUAAGAGACGUGAUUAUAAGAUGGUCCAACAGUAAAUGGGGUAAAAAACAUAACCAAGACGGACAGAGUGACGUUGACGAGAUUUUAGAUGGGAAUAUAGAGAAAGAAAGCCUAAAUGAUGUUGAUAGAUGUCGGGGUGAUGGUUCGUCUCUGGCGUCAAUCCAUGGACUGGAAAACAAUUUUGAAUGCCAAUCUUUUUACCCUAUGAGGAAGUACGCCUCAUCCGGUGGGAGCAAAGUUUUUGAGGCGGAAAAUGUCAUUUACAAAGAUGUCUCACCUUCGAAAAAACUUUCAACUGAUGGCAACGAUCUUUCGAGAAUUUCAGAUCUUCCAUUGUCAGAAUCUACAUGUUCUGAUCUGGAUGAUAGUCAGUUCUUGAAGCUUGAUCAAAUGUGCAAGGAGAUAAGUUCAUUUGAGGAUGGAUCGAUGUCGGAUAACGACAGUUUACCUAGUUUCUACUUCCGUAAUUCCGAACCACCUGCUGCGGCUGCUGCUGCUGAUGAGACCGUCUCACAAGCGCAAUCAACCAAGGAAGGUAAAAAUGAUGAUGGAAGGAGUUCUAACGUAUUUUACUCCCCUAGACCCAGCAUCUCAUUUCUAGAGUUGAAGCAACAGCAACAGAUGGUGAAGAUUAGCAAAUUGAAUGUCCAAAAACCAGAAGAUAAAAAUGUUAGGGUGGCGACGAAGUUGCGAGAACAAGAAGGUAGAUCAAAUGCUGAAUUAAAGAGUAAGUUAAGACGGACCUCGCGUAAGCUUGAUCUCACUUAUAAUAGUAAUUUAGUUGAAAUCUCCACUGAUGAAACAAGUGCUCCCACAACAAGUACAGCCGCUACUACUAACAGUACUGAUAGUAACAAUCGUGGCAUUAGUAACAUUAGUAAAAAUAAUUAUAACAGUAAUGAUAUUAAAUCCAACAACUCAUUAGUGCAGACUGGUCUAGUCUCAGAAGAUGACAAAGAGACAACAGAACAACAGCAGCAGCAACCAGUUAUAAAGCACAACCACAUUGACACUGAUGCAGAUGCAAUCAGUAAAAGUGCCAGCAAUGAUAAACGUGAUGAUGCAGAUGGGGAUAACAUUAAUAAAAAGGGCAGCAAAAAUGAAUCAAGGAUGGUUAAGAGGAUAUCUUCUGCUAACAAAGGAAGCAUUGCCUCUACUGACAUUCGAUGUUCAGACAAACUGCCUAUGAAAUCAACAAUCAAAAACAUCAAUGAUAGCAACAUUGCAAAAAUUUCUGACACAAGCUUAGGUAAUGCCAAGGCUACUGCUUCUACUUCUACUACUACUACUACUAAUAAUAAUAAUAACAAUAAUAGUCAACACAUUGAACCUUCCAGAAGACCUCAACAUUACCAGCAGACAGCAGCCAUCCCCUCAUUAUUCAGUAUGGUCUCAGCCCCAUCUCUAUCCUCGCCAACACCAACAACUCAGCGCUCAUCCAACGACAAACGUACAAAAUUGACAUCAUCCUCAAUUCCCACCCAUCCACCUACCACUACUUCAAAAAUGUUCCUUUCAGAAGCUGUUGUUGCCCCACCUGAUAGAGAGAUACCGCAGAAUGCUAAAAGCGUUCAUAGUGAUUUUUAUGGUAAAACGAAAAUGCCAGGUGAAGACUUUUCAUCAUUUCCUCCUGGUAGCAACAACAAUAAUUUUAUGAAAAUUGGUUCGACAUCAAGUUCAAAUCUUCAAAAUGAGAAUGAAGCAGAACUUGUUGAACAGCCGAAUGCACUUAAAAAGGCAGUCGACUUGUCAAGAUUUAAUCUCCAACAAACAGGUAUUAGCAGCAACUACAGUAGAAUCAAUACAGGUUCCCAUGCGGAUCCAAAUCUGUCAUCGUCUUUGAAACUACCGUCGUCAAAUUUUAUGAUUCCAUUGAGACAGGCUAGGGAUUCGCUGGACACAACCUCCUGGGGCGACACCACGUUAUUUGAUCUUGCUGCCAUUGUGCCGCCAAAACUCUACCAAUCCUCAACAUAUCCGAGUGAUUUGCUGUCUACUGGCAAAGGGUCAAGAGAGGCCGUAGACAAGCCAUCAUCUGGAUCCAACGAUGCAACUAACUGUAAAGCUAAUGGUUGUUAUUUUUGA